AACACACCCCCAAACUCUAAUCGCAAGCAUCUUGAUUUCGGGAAGUUCUACAACACCUCGGACCCUCCGUCACAUUUUUACCCCACUGGCUGAAAACACGGGCGCUACGGGCCUUCACGUCGUUUUUAAAGUGGACCUAACACCGCCUUACUUUCUUGACAUGGGAGAUAUGGGAGACCCACCAAAAAAAAAACGACUAAUCUCAUUGUGCGUUGGCUGUGGAAAUCAAAUCCACGAUCAGUAUAUUCUUCGAGUGUCCCCGGAUCUGGAAUGGCACGCGGCGUGUUUGAAAUGUGCAGAAUGUAACCAAUAUUUGGAUGAGUCUUGCACUUGUUUUGUUCGGGACGGAAAAACGUACUGUAAACGAGACUACAUCAGGUUAUACGGGAUAAAAUGCGCUAAAUGCAACAUUGGUUUCAGCAAGAACGACUUUGUAAUGAGAGCGCGCUCCAAAGUUUACCACAUUGAGUGUUUCCGAUGUGUGGCGUGUAGCCGGCAGCUUAUCCCGGGAGACGAGUUUGCUCUGCGGGACGACGGCCUCUUCUGUAGGGCUGACCACGACGUGGUAGAGAGGGCAACAAUGGGAACUGGAGACCCUCUUAGUCCUUUACAUCCGGCGAGACCUUUACAAAUGGCAGCAGAGCCAAUCUCGGCCCGUCAGCCCGCGCUCCGACCGCACGUGCACAAGCAGCCUGAGAAAACGACCCGCGUCCGAACAGUCCUAAAUGAGAAGCAGCUCCACACCUUGAGGACCUGUUACAACGCGAACCCUCGACCCGACGCCCUCAUGAAGGAGCAGCUUGUGGAGAUGACGGGCCUCAGUCCGAGAGUCAUCAGGGUUUGGUUUCAAAACAAACGGUGCAAGGACAAAAAGCGGAGCUUACUGAUGAAACAGCUCCAACAGCAGCAGCCCAACGACAAAACGAACAUCCAGGGAAUGACAGGGACUCCAAUGGUUGCAACCAGUCCUGAGAGACACGACGGUGGUUUACAGGCAAGCCAAGUAGAGGUGCAAACUUACCAGCCUCCUUGGAAGGUUCUGAGUGACUUUGCACUGCAGAGUGACAUUGACCAACCUGCUUUUCAGCAAUUGGUAAAUUUUUCUGAAGGAGGGCCAGGCUCGAAUUCAACAGGGAGCGAAGUUGCGUCUAUGUCCUCACAACUGCCAGAUACACCAAACAGUAUGGUAGCCAGUCCUAUAGAGGCCUAGGCCAUAUGGAUUAUCUUCAACUUCAGAAACAUAGAAAAGGAGGACAAGAGAUGCCGACCGCAAGCCAGGGGUCGCGAAGACUAGCGCAUCCCUGUUUCACUGAGGCUGCUCCUGAAUAAUACCGCUCUCCGAAUGCACGAGGCCUCUUUAUCCAAACAACCCUUGGUUGUAUUUAUACACUGUGAUGACAAUCAUGGGAAUGAAACACGCUCAAAUGUACCGGGCAUGUCCAGUGAGUGUUGAGAAAAGACUGUUUAUGAGAAGAUUACCGUUGACGAAAGACGCAAGAUAAAGCGAAAGUGGACCUACCCGGCACCAAAGCCCGUUGCCGAACUUUAGGCCUACACUUUCACCGUCGCGCACUGGGCCGGAUGGACUUGGUCGGCUACACUUUUGCCAAACACCCCUAGACUUUUUUUUUUUUUUUUUUCUUUUUUGACAAAUCAGUGAACCACUAGGAAAAUAAGGCCUGGGAGGACUCAGUCUGAUACUCAUCCAUAGCCUACCGCUGUGCACAGCAUGAGUAGCCUAAACGAACUAAUGACUGUUUAUUCGGUUUCUAUAAAAUAGAUGGAACUGCGGUUAGUUCACAGACAUUACAAUCUGAGGACGAUAUGGCUGCCGGGCCUUCUGCUUUUACAGUUUUUUGUUAUAUGGUCUCUUUUCAAGCCCAAGUACUAAAGCAUUGCAACAAGGUAUACCUCUAUUUUACCACAAGCUGCGUGGGAAGUUUAUGUGUUUGUGUCCGUCCAAUAUUUUUUUUUCUUUCCCAAAGAUGUGUAUAGUUUUAAGUUAACAUGUUUGGAUAGCGGUGGAGAAAUUUUCUUUGUUUGCUCCUGUAUUACGAAAUAAUUUAUUAUUUAUUGUCGAACGACCUGCCACUUUUGUGUAUCUUUAAUUGCUGAAGUAAAAAAGAGGAAAAUAAUAUUGUCGACUCCGAAUGAUCUAUCAGAAUUUACUUGUCCUGUCGUUUAACUAAAAUGAUGUAAGAGCAACGCCAUAUGUAGUUAUAUCUUCAGGAAUAUUUGAACAA